AUGGCUUCACCACAUUUAGCCGCACCUUCCGCUUCUUCAAUCGGACAAACAUCUGCAACCACUUCGCCUGCUCAUUCAAAUGCAACGGCCGCCACUUUUGGACCUGGCUCACGCGGUGUGAAUAACAGUAGCACUCCUCGUCGUAAUUAUCCAGGUCGUAGUCCAAAUGCUGCCGUUCAAGCAAGUCCAAUCAAUUCUUCUGCAGCAGGCAAAGCACAUUUGAUCGAAGGUCCAGGCGGCAGAAUCUUAUGUGUGGCCGACGUUCGUGGUAAUUUGAGCUCAUUAAACAAACUUGCCGCUCAAACUGACGCUCAAGCAAUCAUUCACUCGGGAGAUUUUGGAUUUUAUGAAAAUGAAAGCUUUGAACGGAUCAGCGAUCGAACAUUACGUCAUUUGGUGCAAUAUUCAACUUUGAUACCCACACAAUUACGCACAAAGCUCCUCACUGCCGAUGAGAUGCGCAAUCAAAUUUUGGCUCAUCCCGACAGUCCCUUACUAACAGAAUUUCCAUCGUUGCUAUCAGGAAAGUUGCGAUUGAAUGUACCGGUUUACACUGUUUGGGGAGCAUGUGAAGAUGUUCGAAUUCUAGAAAAAAUACGCACAAAGGAGUAUGAGAUUGAGAAUUUGCAUGUUCUCGAUGAAGCAUCCACAGUAGCCUUGGAGGUUGGAGGUGUCCGAUUGCGUUUGUUCGGAUUGGGCGGUGCUGUGGUGCUACACAAGCUGUUCGAUAACGGAGAAGGUGCAGCAACGAUCGCUGGUGGUCAAGGUACGAUGUGGACUACGAUCUUACAAAUUGGUGAAUUGGUUGAUACAGCACAGAAAUGUUACGAUCCAUCCGAAACACGAUUAUUGGUCACACAUGCUUCACCAGGAAGGGAAGGGUUGUUGAUGCAGCUGGCUCUGGCUCUCAAGGCUGAUCUGACAAUUUCUGCUGGCCUGCAUUUCCGUUACGGAGCAUCUUACAACGAGUUCAGCGUCCAAAGUGAUCCAGAACAAUUCAGACGUAAGCUUCUACAAUCAAAGUCCGCUUUCGGAGAAGUUUGGGAUAGUGUACGAGCACAAGUGGAAGAAGUUGUAGAUGAUCAACAAAGAAUCCUGCUGAACAACGGUUUGGCAGUUACAAAUCGUGCACCGAGCCAAACGACCGGAACAGGAGGACCGUUGCAAGAAGAACCGGCUUGGAAGAAUACAUGGAAUUGGAACUUGCCCGAUGCAGCUUUCGGUCAUCUUGUGCUUGAUAUUAGUGAAGGCAAGGUGAGCAGUGAGAUGAAGAGUCAAGGAUUCAAUUUUGCAUAUCGUCGAGCCGAGACUGCAUCUGUGCCCGCACCAUCACCAGCAGCAGCCACUACUGUUCCGAACACUGCUCCACAAGCUGCUGUCAGACAGCAACAAUCGCCCAAGAUACCCACAGGACCAGCC